AUGAGCGGACGCGGCAAGGGGAAGUCCGGCAAGAAGCCUGUCUCCCGCAGCAGCAAAGCAGGGCUGCAGUUCCCCGUGGGCCGUGUGGCGCGCUACCUGAAGAAGGGCCGGUACGCCACCCGCGUCGGCGCGGGCGCGCCCGUCUACCUGGCCGCGGUGCUGGAGUACCUCUGCGCCGAGGUGCUGGAGCUGUCGGGCAACGCAGCCCGCGACAACAAGAAGAACCGCAUCGUGCCCCGCCACAUCCAGCUGGCCAUCCGCAACGACGAGGAGCUGUCCAAGCUGCUGGGCGGCGUGACCAUCGCGUCCGGCGGCGUGCUGCCCAACAUCCACAGCGUGCUGCUGCCCAAGGACAAGAAAAAGAAGGGCGGCUCUGUCAGCCAGGAGUUCUAG